AUGUCAGACGCUGAACCCAUUGAUGAGACGAGAGGUCCUGAAGAAAUCCCUCUGGAAGAAUUGGGAAUUGAGGACCGAGCCGUUGAGUAUCAGGCAGAUGAUCCAUUUGCCGGCGAAACUUCCUUUCUGUUGGAGAAUCAAGAACACAGUCAAGGGUUAGGGAAUGAGGCCGUCUUUCCAUGGGGUUCUAACCAACCCGUCGAAGCUACAGAUGGCAACAGAACGCCUGAGGAUUCAUUUAAUGCGAAAAGCCAUUACAAAGAGUUCAAGCUCAAAACUUUCAAGGUGAAACGGCUCCCAGAAGUCAAUUUUAAUGAGUUCAAGUUGAACCCCGAAAACUACAAGCGUAAGAGUCCGUUUCUUAUGAUACUGCAAGACGGAGCGUCAUAUCUCUACGAUCAAAGAAAAAACGUCAUUGUGGGAAAGUUUGACUUGAAUGGCCAAUUCUUCCAUCGAUUAUAUCUACAACAGUUUCCUCCAAGUAUACUUGAAAUGAUGAAGGCAAAUCAGUUCGAACGGGUGAUAAACCAUCCAUUCGUAACCAAAAUCAGACAGGAACGUAGCUCUGCUUAUUAUUAUUCAAACUGGGUGUAA